AUGAGCCGGGAAUCGGUGUCACCCCGAGGAAAAGGUCAGGCCUCAACUCCUGCCAAUGGUGGAUAUGGUGACGGUCAGGUAGGUGUUUUCGUUUCUGUAUAUGACUCAUUUUUUGAUAAUGAGGUUAUCGAAAGGAUUCGUUUUAGGGCGACGGAUUCACAGAGUCUCAAAGGGCCUCGAGAAGGCGACGUGAUACUGAUAUGAGUAAAGUAAGGCAGGAAUUCUUUGAUUAUUAUUUCUUUAGACAAACAUUUAUAUUAGAGGCCUGACUCCUUCUUGUGUUCCUGAAGAACUUUUCAACUUAUGCCAGAAGUAUGGCAAUAUCACCUCAACCAAAGCAGUUGUUGAUCAAGACACAAAGAAAUGUAAGGGAUAUGGGUUUGUUGCCUUCGAGGAUCCAGAAUCUGCUGCUAGAGCGAUUGACGGAAUCAACAAAGAAGGCAGAUAUCAAGCUCAAAUAGCGAAAGAGAUUAGACCACGGCCUGAGAGAGUAAGAGAUUCAUAAAGGAAAGUUUAUUUUAUUAAUUUUAGACAUUUCCUCAUGCGGUACAAGAUCCAACGAAUCUGUAUAUUGCAAACCUUCCGAAGGAUUUUGAGGAGGUCAAUAUAAGAGAUUUGUUUAGCCGCCAUGGAGUUGUCAUUAGUACCAGAGUUCUCCGUUUUGACGAUGGUUCCAGUAGAUGUGUAGGAUUUGCUCGAAUGGACAGCAAGGAGACUUGCGAAUUUAUUAUCAAUGUAGGUGGUGUAUAUGUUUGAGGUAAUAUUUGUAGCGUUAUCAUGGAAAGCCGUUGGAAGGGCAUACGGAAAAUUUGGUAGUUAAAUUGGCCGAUUCGGGUUCUCGUAGAAGCAAGCCUCCUCCGCCGCCUCCUAACACGGGUAUGGGCGAUCAGGUACGUAUUUUUUGUUGUAUAAUCUUUGUUUUUAUUUUAGUCAGGGAUUGGUCAUUGGCAAUCUACGCCACCUUACAAUUCAUACUCGGAAGAAGAGCAAUCCGUUCUCUCACCUUCUUAUUAUCAGGGAAAUGGAGUCGCUUACAGCCCCCCGGGCGGUCAAUUCGUUCCAUUUUAUCAAGUUUUCGAGCCUCAACUUGGCACUUAUCCUCAAUAUCCCACUCAGUUGCCGGUUAAUAUGUAUGCCUCUCCUGUUUACAGUCAAGGCCCUCAGUCUCCUCUUAAUCAGACGCCUCCUCAACGUCCCCCAGUUUCUGGUUCGGGUCCAAUCAUUUACUCGCCACCUCAGAACAUCGACUAUUAUCCACAAAAGGAGGCUUACAAGUUCAACCAGCCCUUUUAUCCUUAUCCUUACGGCCAGGUGGUCCCUCAAAAUGCUCAGCAAGAUCCUCAACAAUAUGUUCAAUCUAAUUUUCAGCCACAGGAGGUAAGCGAGGACGUUUUAUGAGACAUUAUCUACUUUGGUUUUUAAUGUUUAAUUUGCAGGGAGCAUCUUCGGUUCCUUACAUUACUUCUCCAUAUAUGAUGGACAACACAGGUCAAUUUGUUUAUGGCCAAAGCCCUCCACAACAUUUGCAUCAUCUCCAGCAAACCCAUAUUCAGCAGCUCCAAGCACAGCAACAACAGCCUCAGGGUUCAAACGAAUCGUCUCUGGAGCAGGAAGUGUCUAAUCUCAAUAUCAACAAGGACUCGGCCCCGGAGGCUAGUCCGAACGCAUGA